CCCAGGGGAGUGGGGGUACCGUGGAAUGAUCCAGGGAUCCCUACUGAUCAGGGUGUGACCAUCAACUCCAAGGGAGAAGCUGAGGAUCCAUCCAGAUGGUUAUAUCAGAGACAAGAAUUUGAGAGUUCUGAAGUUUACAGACCAAGUUGUAGGGCCUGGCCCAACUGGCAAACCGGAAGCCUUCACAGAACACACCUUGAUUCAGAUGCAGAAGCCCAAGGCUGGAUGAACACACAGAGAUCAGUUCUAAAACCCUCUCCCAAGAGUUCCAUGCAGGUGCCACAGGAUGAAGAGGACCUCACCAACCAGCCCUGGUACCAUGGUCCCCUGUCCCAUCAGGAAGCUGAAGGCCUUCUACUACGAGAUGGAGACUUCCUAGUUCGUGCUUCAGGAUCCCGUGGGGGCCACCCCAUCAUCUCCUGCCGCUGGGGAGGCAAGCCCCUACAUUUCGAGGUGUUCCGUGUGGUACUACGCCCCCGGCCAGGCCGCCCCAAGGCCCUCUUUCAGCUGGAAGAUGAAAGGUUUCCCAGCAUGUCAGCACUGGUCCACAAUUACGUGACUGGCCGCCGCCUACUGUCCCAAGCCACAGGAGCUGUGGCCUCCAGGCCUGUGACUCGCCAGGGGCCCCUGAGGCGCAGCUUUAGCGAGGAUGCACUCACUGACAGCCUAGCCCAGAGCAGGCCUCUCAGAAUGAGGAAGUGGAGUACCAGUCACCCUGCAGACUUGGAGCACUCAGGAAGGGACGCAGAUCACCCUGGAGCAGGAACUUCCAAUAUGCCUAGGCCCGCCCUGCAUCGCACAGGCAGUGACCCCACAUUGGUGAAGGCUCUGGCUCGUUUGGGGACCACUGCUGACAAUCUCAGAGCUUCUGAUGGACAACUUCAUGCAAAGGCACCCACCAAGCCACUCCGGACACCUUUCUUGACCUCUGAGCGCCCCCCAACGUACUGUGAACUCCUUCCCCGAGUGCCCAGUACCCAAAAAAUAGCCCCCAAACCAAGCUGCACAGAGCCAAACACCCCGUGGUGGGAAGCCGAGGAGGAGGAAGAGGAAGAGAGAAAUAGAUGUUUUGUGAGACCGAGAGCUGAGGUCUCUUUCAGCCCCCCUGACCACCCCUCCCGCCUACUGGGUCCCCAAAAUCGGCCCCUGGACCCCACAGUUUUGAGUACUCUCCGGGGCUUGUUUGUGGAGCACCAUCCUGAGAGCACUGCCCUGCAUCUGCUGUUGGUGGAUUGCCAGGCUAUAGGCCUCCUGGGAGUGACCAAGGGUCAGAGAAAUGCCAUGGGGGUGACCUCUGGCCUGGAGCUACUCACACUUCCCCACGGCCAGCGCUUGAGGUUGGAACUGCUGGAGAGGAUCGAGACUCUGUCACUGGCCUCUGCACUGGUGGUGCUGGGUUGCUCCGGGCCCCUGGAGGAGCGCGCGGCUGCACUGAGAGGCCUGGUGGAGGUGGCACUGGCACUGAGGCCAGGGGCGGCUGGGGACCUGCUGGGACUGGCUGGAGUCAUGGGCGCCUUGCUCAUGCCCCAGGUGUGGGGGGGGGCAGGGAUGGGGAGGAAGUCCGGGUGCAGGUGGCUGGGAAAAGGGGGAGAAUUAGGCUCCUGUCUCAUCCUCCAGAUAUCCAGGUUGGAAAAUACGUGGCGCCACCUUCGAAGGAGCCACACGGAGGCAGCACUGGCCUUUGAGCAAGAGUUAAAACCGCUGAUGCGGACUCUGGAUGAAGGCACAGGACCCUCGGACCCCAAAGAGGUUGCCGUGCCACACGUGGUGCCCGCCGUGCGCCUGCUGGAGGGCGAGGAGCUCGAGGGGCCGCUGGACGAGGGCUGCGACCGCCUGCUACGCAUUCUGCAAGGGGUUCGGCAGGUGGCCCGCGACGCGCCCCAGUUCCGCAGAACUGCUGUCCAGAGCCUGCGAGGAUUCCAGCCUAACUUAGAACUGAGAGAAGCUCUGACCACCAGCUUCCUACGAAGGCUGCUCUGGGGGAGUCGUGGCGCUCAGGCCCCCAGAGCCGAACGCCUGGAGAAGUUCCAUCGUGUCCUUUGCGUGCUGUCUGAACGUCUAGAGCCUCAUGGCUGAGAACCGAGCCCCACUCCAUCUGUACUCUGGAGGGGACCUCCACACUUUGGGGGAACUCCCCAAAAGACCAAGAAAAUUGCCCCAAGCUCUUCAAGAGGCUCAUGGUUAAUCUUGCGCAGGGGGCCCACACCUGUAACCGCAGCACUUGGGAACUGAAGAUGUAAAGAUCAAGAAUUCAAGGCUGGGCCUGGAGAGAUGCUGAGCGGUUAGCGCACUGGCCAGUCUUAUGGAGGACUGGGCCUUCGUUCCCAGCACUCACAUGAUGGCUAACAACCAUUCAUAACUUCAGUUCCAGGGAUCCAACGCCCUCUUCUGGUCUCCGCAGGCACUGCAUGACACGGGUACAUUUACAUAAAA